CUCGCAAAUAGGCUCUACAUUCAUUCUAACCUAAGCUGCAAGUAGAGUCGAAGGAAAAGUCGAAUUUUAUAUUUUGCAUUCAUUUUAUGCAAUAGUUGAAACAAAAUGCCGGGAAGUGUGAAAGUAGAGUCAAAGACGAACAAAGAAGUCAGAAGUGGAAAGGAGGAGGAUAAAAAUGAACUGUCUGAAGAAGAUAAGUUAUUACAAGAGGAGUUAACUCAUCUCGUUGAACGUUUGCAAGACCCCAAUAACAGUUUACAUUAUCCAGCUUUAGAAUCACUGUGUAACCAUAUUCGUGCUUCUACUACAUCAAUGACCAGUGUUCCAAAACCUCUUAAAUUCAUGAGGCCUCAUUAUGAUACUAUGAAAUCUAUUUAUGAAAAAAUAACAGAUAUAAAAUCCAAGGAAUUAUGUUCUGAUGUUAUUUCUGUUCUUGCUAUGACCAUGGGAGAAGGUAGAGAAUGUCUUAAAUAUAGGCUUACUGGAUCUGCUUUAGCCAUUAAAGAAUGGGGCCAUGAGUAUGUUAGACAUUUAUCAGGAGAAUUAGCUGGUGAAUGGGAUGAAUUAACAGAUGAUGCAGAAGCUACAAGCAAAAAACUAAUAGCUUUGGUGCAUGAAAUUAUACCUUAUAAUAUGGCUCAUAAUGCAGAAACUGAAGCUUGUGAUCUAUUGAUGGAGAUUGAAAGAUUAGAUUUAUUAAAACAAUAUGUGGAUGAAAGUGCAUAUCAAAGAGUUUGUUUAUAUUUAACAAGCUGUAUACCGUAUGUAGCAGAUCCAGAAAAUAGCGCUUUACUUCUUGUUGCUGCUAGAUUAUACAGAAAGUUUGGUCAAUAUCCUCAGGCUGUUAGACUAGCAAUGCAACUGAAUAAUUUACCUCUUAUUGAAGAUAUAUUUACAAAUUGUACUGAUCUUUCAGUGCAAAAGCAAUUAGCAUUUAUGUUGGGUAGGCAACAAAUUUUCUUGGAACUUCCAGAAUCUACCCCAGAAUAUGAUGAUUUGGUAGAAAUUAUGUCUAAUUCUUUGCUAAAUUAUCAUUUCCUUAAUCUCGCACGUGAACUGGAUAUAAUGGAGCCAAAAACACCAGAAGAUGUGUACAAAUCACAUUUAGAAAACUCUAGAUCCCCAUUUGGUGGUGGUCAAGUAGAUUCAGCAAGACAAAAUCUUGCUGCAAGUUUCGUUAAUGGUUUCGUGAAUGCAGCAUUUGGUCAAGACAAAUUAUUGGUGGAAGAUGGAAAUAAAUGGUUGUACAAGAAUAAAGAGCACGGAAUGCUUAGUGCUACAGCAUCUCUUGGUCUUGUACUGUUAUGGGAUGUUGAUGGUGGUUUAACACCAAUUGACAAGUAUCUUUAUUCUUCUGAAGAUUAUAUAAAAUCCGGUGCUCUACUAGCUUGUGGUCUCGUCAAUUGUCGUGUAAGGAUCGAAUGCGAUCCUGCAUUAGCUCUUCUGUCUGAUUAUGUAUUACAUAGUAGUAACACAAUGCGCAUUGGAGCGAUUGUUGGUCUUGGUUUAGCAUAUGCAGGUUCGAAUCGAGAAGCGGUCUAUGGUCUGCUGAUUCCUGUACUUAGUGAUCCUAAAUCCAGUUGGGAAGUCAUAGGUGUAGCAGGCCUUGCACUAGGAAUGGUUGCAGUUGGUUCUUGUAAUGCUUACGUUACAACAACGAUAAUGCACGCUCUCAUAGAGAAGUCAGAAUCAGAUCUUAAAGAUACCUACGCACGAUUUCUACCUUUAGGUCUUGGAUUAUGUUUCUUAGGGAAACAAGAAGCGGCAGAAGCUAUAAUAGCGGCUCUAGAAAUAGUACCUGAACCUUUCAAAUCAAUGUCUACAACUUUAGUAGAAGUAUGUGCGUAUGCUGGUACUGGAAACGUUUUGAAGAUUCAGCAUCUAUUACAUAUUUGUUCUGAACAUUACGAACCGUCUAACGAGAAGGAGGACAAGAGCGAUCGAAAAGAUAAAGAUAAGAAAGAAGAAAAAAAAGAGGAUAAAGCAAAAGACCUUAGCUCAAGGCAGGCAAUUGCCGUACUUGGUAUUGCUUUAAUAGCAAUGGGAGAAGAAAUUGGUGCUGAGAUGGCAUAUAGAACAUUUGGUCAUUUGUUACGUUAUUGCGAGCCUGUUAUUCGGCGAUCCGUUCCUCUCGCACUUGGACUUAUAUCAGUCUCCAAUCCGAAACUGAAUAUACUUGACACAUUAUCCAAGUUCUCUCAUGAUAGCGAUCCAGAAGUAGCUCAUAAUGCGAUCUUUGCAAUGGGUUUAGUCGGAGCUGGAACAAAUAAUGCAAGAUUGGCUGCAAUGUUAAGACAACUUGCUCAAUUCCAUGCAAAAGAUCCAAACAAUUUGUUUAUGGUUCGCAUUGCACAAGGUUUAACACAUCUAGGUAAAGGAACCUUGACAUUAUCUCCAUAUCAUAGUGAUAGACAAGUAUUAAGUCCUGUAGCACUUGCUGGACUUUUAGCUACACUAAUUGGUUUUCUGGAUGUAAAAAACAUCAUUCUAGGUCGAUCGCAUUAUCUAUUGUACACCUUAGCAGUUGCAAUGCAACCAAGAAUGUUAGUAACAUUUGAUGAAAAAUUAAAUCCUCUAGCUGUACCGGUUAGGGUUGGUCUUGCUGUGGAUGUCGUAGGACAAGCGGGAAAACCAAAAACCAUUACUGGUUUUCAAACACAUACAACUCCCGUUUUACUUGCUUAUGGUGAAAGAGCAGAACUUGCAACUGAAGAAUAUAUACCUUUAACACCGAUCAUGGAAGGUUUUGUAAUUUUAAGGAAAAAUCCAGACUUCAUACCUUAACUACAAUAAAAUUAAG